AUGACUAACUUCAAGUCCCUCGUUUCCACUGUUCUCCUGGGGCUCUCCUACGCCCACCUGGCUGCUGCCGCAAUUGGCCCCGUCGCUGACCUCACCAUCACUGACGGCGACGUCACCCCCGAUGGUUUCACUCGCCCUGCCGUCCUCUCCAAUGGCCAGAUGCCCGGUCCCCUCAUCAAGGGCAACACUGGCGACAACUUCCAGAUCAACGUCAUCGACAACCUCACUGACGACACGAUGCUGACCGCCACUACUAUCCAUUGGCACGGCUUCUUUCAGUCAGGCACCAACUGGGCCGAUGGUCCGGCUUUCGUCAACCAGUGCCCGAUCUCCGCCGAGAACUCGUUCUUGUAUGACUUCUCGUCCAAGGGCCAGGCCGGCACCUUCUGGUACCACAGCCAUUUGUCGACCCAGUACUGCGACGGUCUCCGUGGCCCGUUCGUCGUCUACGACCCCAACGACCCCCACGCCUCGCUAUACGACGUUGACGACGAGUCCACUGUCAUCACUUUAGUGGACUGGUACCACACUCAAGCUCGACUCGGCCCCCGUUUCCCCUUCGGUGCGGAUGCCACACUCAUCAACGGCCUCGGUCGUUCGACCUCUUCUGCGGGUGCGGUCGCCGACCUCGCGGUCAUCCAUGUCACCCAGGGCAAACGCUACCGCUUCCGUCUCGUCUCGCUGUCCUGCGACCCGAACUACAUGUUCUCGAUCGACAACCAUACGAUGACCAUCAUCGAGGCGGACUCGGUCAACCACCAGCCUCUUACCGUUGAUCAGAUCCAGAUAUUUGCCAGCCAACGUUACUCUUUCGUCCUGACCGCCGAUAAGGACAUUGAUAACUACUGGAUCCGUGCCCGUCCCAACAUCGGCACGACCUCCUUCGAUGGCGGCAUCAACUCGGCCAUCCUCCGCUAUGAUGGGGCCCCGGAGAUCGAGCCUACCACUGAGUCGUCGACCACCAUGUUGCUCAACCAGGUCGACCUCGUCCCCCUCACUGACCUCGCUGCGCCCGGCGAGCCCACCCCCGGCGGCGUCGACCUCGCGAUCAACAUGGCCUUCAGCUUCAACGGCACCAACUUCGCGAUCAACGGCGCGUCCUUCACCCCUCCCACCGUGCCUGUCCUGCUCCAGAUCAUGAGCGGCGCGCUUGACGCGUCCGCGCUCAUGCCCACCGGCUCCGUCUACACCCUCCCGAGCAACGCGACCAUCGAGCUCUCGUUCCCGGUCACCUCCACGAACGCACCGGGCGCCCCUCACCCCUUCCACUUGCACGGCCACACCUUCCACGUCGUCCGCUCCGCCGGCCAGACUGACUACAACUACGUCAACCCGCCCCAGCGCGACGCCGUCUCCACCGGCACGGCUGGCGACAACGUCACCAUCCGCUUCAGGACCAACAACCCCGGCCCGUGGUUCCUCCACUGCCACAUCGACUUCCACCUCGAGGCCGGCUUCGCCGUUGUCAUGGCUGAGGACCCCGCCCACGUCGCGCUCGCCAACCCCAUCCCGAGCGCGUGGGACGAUCUCUGCCCCACCUACAAUGCUAAGUACGUGUCGUCGUAG